AUGGGGAUUUCUAACGGAUUUGACGACACCAAAAUUAGCCCAAGGCUGACGCCCGGAUUAGCAUAUCCAAUUUGGAAAAGAUGGGUUCGAUUCAAAGCUGCUAAUGGUAGCAUCUAUGGUGGCGAGCCUGUGGAUGCCGACGUUGAUGUGGGGCUUGCCCUUGCAGAAAAGAGGGAUGUGGCUGUGAAAGUUGUGACUGGAGCAUCUGCCUUGGACUAUGAUGUUUCCUUUACUGGGGAAGUGAAGUUCAUUGAUGAGCUUUUGUCGCCAGUUUCACAAGCAGAGGCUGGGACAGUUCGAUGCAUUGGACUUAAUUACAAGGAGCAUGCGGCUGAAAUGAAGAUGGCCCUGCCAAGUAUACCGACGGUCUUUCUCAAGGCAAGCACUUGCAUCGCGUCAGCAUCAGAGCCAAUCCUGUUACCUUCUACCGUGGAUUAUGACGAAGCCGACUAUGAAGUUGAGCUUGCCAUCAUCAUCGGAAAAUUUUGCAAGAAUGUAUCUGUUGGUGAUGCUAGCAACUACAUCCUGGGCUAUUCUGUUGCAAAUGAUGUGACUGCUCGCAAACAUCAAGAGAAGACCUCACAAUGGUCUUAUGCGAAAGGGAUGGACGGCUUUUGCCCUCUUGGGCCAUGCAUUGUUUCGAUCAAGCAAAUCCCAAACCCUUCUGUCCUGCAAUUGCGCACAUACCUAAACGGGAUAAUGAUGCAAGAAGGCUUUGCCGAUGACAUGAUCUUCAGUAUACCUGAAAUUGUGUCUUAUUUGUCCCAGGCAUGUGCUGCUAAACAAAACUAUAAUACUUCUUUUCUAACAAGAUCAGGGGCACACGCUAUUGCCUGGAACGGUUAUCAUUACUGGCACGCCUUGUGGAAUCGGGGUGUCGCAAAAGCCACCGCGCUUCUUACAGCCAGGGGACGAUCUGCGAAUCAACAUAAGCCAUGGGCUGGGUACUCAACUCUGCCCAAUUGCCAGAGACUGAGACGACGAUUCAGAACGCUACAACUUGAGCCUUUUAGAUAG